AUCGAUUCGACUUUGGAUCUCCCUUGUUAAUCCACCUUGCCCCCUUUUUAUCGUCAUCCGCUGGCUCAAAAGGGAGACUUGAGUUUGCGGUGCACUUUUUACAAGUGACAGGAGCAGAUCAUUGCGAUUUGACCUAGCUUUGCGUCAGGUUUGCAUCAAUUUUUAAGUUGCGACGCAUCUGUUUUACCUUUUCUCUUUUUUCCUACGAGUCGUCAGCUUGAUAGGUUCUGCUUCGAUGCGGGAAACCUUUUAUUAAUCCAACCACUACAUUCUCGACUUUCCUUAACUUAAUCGUUCGUUUAUCGAAAAAAUCAAACCUUGACGGCCACGAAAUUCGAAAACCUCUUCCACCACCGCGCACGCCCUAACACUCUACGCGACACAGCCAUCUCUACGCAAAGAGGUCGGCCCUCACGAUGGCUCGCCAGGCUGUCGCAAAGUCGGCUCCCGCCCCAGUGCGGGCGGAAACACCCCCGAUCGAGAAGGGCGGUAACAACGUCGCACAGAAGCCCAAGAACAAGUCAAACCCCAAAUCCCCGACCGACUACACGUCCGAGGGCGUCGAGGAUAACGAUGUAUUCCUGCUGCCCGUCUCCGACUACCAGUGGAUGUUGGCCAUCACUGUGGUGGCCGCUGCUGUGCGCCUUUUCCGGAUAUAUCAACCUACAAGUGUCGUCUUUGACGAGGUUCACUUCGGUGGUUUCGCUUCCAAGUACAUCAAGGGCCGCUUCUUCAUGGAUGUUCACCCACCUCUGGCCAAGCUUCUGAUCACUUUGGCCGGUUGGUUGGCUGGUUUUGACGGCAACUUUGACUUCAAGGAGAUUGGAAAGGACUAUCUUGAGCCCAAUGUCCCAUACGUCGCGAUGCGCAUGUUCCCCGCCAUCUGUGGUAUUCUACUGGCCCCCACCAUGUUUCUCACCUUGAAGGCCCUCGGCUGUCGGACUAUAAUCGCCUCUAUGGGUGCCGGCUUAAUUAUCUUUGAGAACGGUCUCCUCACUCAAGCUCGCUUGAUCCUGCUCGACUCGCCCCUCAUGAUCACCACCGCAUUCAGCGUUCUUGCCUUUGUUUCGUUCACAAACCAGCAUGAGCAGGGUCCUAGCAAGGCUUUCGGACCUAGCUGGUGGUUCUGGCUGGCAAUGACCGGUCUUGGUCUGGGAGCCAACUUUAGCGUCAAGUGGGUUGGUCUCUUUACCAUUGCCUGGGUUGGAGGCUUGACUUUGGUUCAGCUGUGGGUUCUUCUUGGCGACACGAAGAACGUGACUAUGCAAACCUUCACCAAGCAUUUCUUGGCUCGCGCUGUCUGUCUCAUCAUGAUCCCCGCGUGUGUCUACAUGGGCAUGUUCGCAAUUCACUUCCUGUGCCUGGUGAACCCCGGCGAGGGAGAUGGUUUCAUGAGCUCCGAGUUCCAGUCCACUCUGAACUCCAAGGGUAUGCAAGAUGUGCCCGCCGACGUUCUGAUGGGCAGCCGUGUCGCGAUCCGCCAUCUCAACACCCAGGGUGGCUACCUCCACUCCCACCCCCUGAUGUACCCCACUGGAAGCAAGCAGCAACAGAUCACCCUGUACCCCCACAAGGACGAGAACAACAUGUGGUUCUUGGAGAACCAGACUCAGCCUGUGGACGCCAAUGGUGUGCAGAUCAACGGCACCAACGCCUGGGAUAAGGUCACCCCUCUCCCGUAUAUCAAGGAUGGCGACGUCAUCCGUCUUUACCAUAUUCCUACUCACCGCCGCCUGCACUCCCACGAUGUCCGCCCUCCGGUCACCGAGGCUGAUUGGCAGAAUGAGGUAUCAGCCUAUGGUUACGAGGGCUUUGACGGUGAUGCCAAUGAUUUCUUCCGUGUAGAAAUUGUCAAGAAGAAGUCGGCCAAGGGCGCUGCUCAGGAGCGCCUACGCACUCUUGAGACCAAGUUCAGGCUGGUACACGUGAUGACUGGAUGUGUCCUCUUCUCCCACAAGGUCAAACUUCCUGAUUGGGCUUCGGAGCAGCAGGAGGUCACAUGCGCCCGCGGUGGAACCCUGCCAAACAGCUUGUGGUACAUUGAGUCCAACGAGCACGCGCUUCUCAAUGAUACUGCCGAGAAGGUCAACUACCGCAACCCUGGCUUCUUUGGCAAGUUUAUUGAGCUCAACACAGUCAUGUGGAAGACCAACGCGGGCCUGGUCGAAUCUCAUGCUUGGGACUCCCGCCCUGACUCGUGGCCCCUGUUGAAGCGCGGAAUCAACUUCUGGGGCAAGGACCGCCGCCAGAUCUACCUCAUCGGCAACCCUGUCGUUUGGUGGAGCUCUACCCUUGCUGUUGUUAUCUACGCCGUCUUCAAGGGCAUUGCCGUCCUCCGCUGGCAGCGCAACUACAAAGACUACAACAAUGUCGUGUUCAAGCGAUUCGACUACGAGAUCGGAUCAUCUGUCUUGGGAUGGGCUCUUCACUACUUCCCCUUUUACUUGAUGCAGCGUCAACUCUUCCUGCACCACUAUUUCCCCGCCCUGUACUUUGCCAUCAUGGCUUGGUGCCAGGUUAUGGACUUUAGCCUGAGCAGGUUCCGGGGUCUCGGUAUCCGCGAGAACCCAAUCAUCGUCAGGGCAGUUGCCGUCGGCUUCCUGGCAAUUUCCAUCGUCGCUUUCUUGCUCUUCUCGCCUCUUGCCUAUGGUAAUGCUUGGACCAAGCCCGAGUGCCAGCGCGUCAAGCUUUUGAGCGGCUGGGACUUUGACUGCAACGCAUUCCCUGAUACCUAUGAGGCUUACCAGAUCACCACUCCCCAGAACCCGGUCGUUGCGCAGACUCCGCAACAGUCGGUAAACGCGCAGCCGCCGCCCCCGCAGAUGAAGCCCAAGGUGGACGGCGGCGAGAAGAAGGACAACAACAAAGACCAGCAGCAGGCGGCGAUCUCGGGGGCUCCCAACCCGGCUCUGGCAGUCGCCAACAACAACGAGGUGCUCCCGGGCGGGCAGCGGGUGCUCUCGCGGGAGGAGCGGGUCGAGUACCGGGACGACAAGGGCAACCUGCUCAACGAAGAGCAGGUCAAGGCCCUGCAGGGCAAGGUCGAGUUCAAGACGCGCUACGAGACGCGGACGCGCGUCGUAGACGAUCAAGGGAACGAGGUUCUCAACCCCGUGAUUCCUCCGCAGGCCGCAGAGCCCAAGCAGCCGGCGGCGGCGGCUCCCCCCGCGCCAAAAAACGAUGGGCCCAAGGACCCCGUAAACCCGGCUGGCGUCGCCCCGCCUCACCCUGACGUUGAGGGUCCCGACAAGAGCACCAAGCAGCCUGCCAAAGACGCGGCCGCCGAGAGCCUGGUCAAGGACGAGACUCUCAGCCAGGACGGGACCAAGGAGAAGGAGCAGAGCAUGGCAAAACCCGCCAGCGAGAACAAUGAGGCUACCGGUGCCAGCUCCGCUGCUGCUGCUCCUGCUUCGUAGAAAGCUUUUGCUGCAUGGUCAUUUGUGGGGAAGGAUGGAAGAGGAACCAAAAAAAAAAAAAAAAUAAGGCGUGGCUAGCUCACGAGAUGUUGGCUUUGUUUGCUUGAUGUACGAUGCUCUGAUAUACAGAUACACCCUCUUAAUCUCCUAUGUUACUUUUUCUUCUUUCUUUGAACUUUGGACUUUCUUUGGUGACGAUUUGUGACCUGCGCCGUCGGUAUGUAUUCGAUCAAAUGUUUCGCUAUCAUGGCUGGGGAGAGAAAAAUCUUUUUCAAGGUUCAUUGUUGUGAUGAGGACAGCGUAGCUUUUUAUAAACGACUCAAGGCAGAGAACGUUUCAGAUGACUACAUUCAGAC